ACUACACAAAAGCUCUUUCCACUUUCAGCACCCCCUUGUUGUUCAUAAAAGUGUAAAAAUCAUAGUCAUAACAAUGAUGAUGAUAAUUGGGUUUUUAAGCCCAGAUCUCUAAAACCACUUCAUUCAAAUCAAAUCUCGUCUUCCCCCUCUUCAACAUUUCCUCAUUUCAAAUCCCCAUUUAUACUUACACAUAUACACACACAUUCUUGCAUAUUUUUAUGCUCUUGUUGGGAGGACUUGAAGUCAUUGUCGAAAGAUCGUAGGAGGGCUUGUGUGUGAAGAUGUUGUGUGCUUGCUCAGGGGAGCAAUUUAAGUUUGAGGAAGCAGUUCCACAGUCGCCCGAGUCGUUAGCAACAAGGGAUUUCUCAGCUAGUGGACUUUCAUCGAGAACUGGGACUGUAGAUUGGGAAUUGUCUAGGUUGGAAGAGGCCCAAGUGGAUGAAGCUGAGUCUACGCUAAAAGAGGCUCUCUCGUUGAAUUAUGAGGAAGCUAGAGCUUUGUUGGGGAGACUUGAAUACCAGAGAGGAAACUUUGAUGCUGCAUUACAGGUGUUCAAUGGAAUUGAUAUCAAGACUUUGUCUCCGAGUAUGACUAAGGCGAUUGCUGAGAGAACGAGGCAACAACCAAGGUCACGGUCUAAAAGUGAUAAUGUACAGCCAAGUGUAAUGUCGCUGCAUUCAGUCAGUUUACUUCUUGAAGCAAUUUUACUCAAGGCAAAAUCACUAAAUGAACUUGGGAAAGUUAAAGAGGCUGCUAGAGAGUGCAAAAUAAUCUUGGACAUAGUUGAUUCCGCCCUUCCCGGUGGAAUGCCUGAAGGCUUCAAUGAAGAUUGCAAGUUGCAGGAAAUGCUUCACAAAGCACUUGAGCUGCUUCCGAAGCUUUGGAUAGAUGCAGGCUUUCUGGAUGAGGCUAUAAUAGCAUACAGACGAACUCUGGUUAAGCCCUGGAACUUGGACCAACAUAAAUUGGCAAAUGUACAGAAGAACUUAGCUGCCAUGCUACUCUAUGGAGGUGUUGAAGCAAGCCUUCCUCCUCAAUUAAAGAUAUGGAAUCCAAGUACCCCUUCAAAUAACACCGAAGAAGCAAUACUUUUGUUGUAUAUACUCAUGAAGAAGUUGAUGUAUUGUGAAAUUAUGUGGGAUCCAGAAAUUAUCGAUCAUCUGAGUUUUGCACUGUCAAUGUGUGGACAGUUCGAAUCUUUGGCAGGGCAUUUUGAACAGGUACUUCCUGGGACCUUCACCCGAGCUGAGAGGUGGUUCUUUCUUGCUCUUUGUUACAGCGCUGCAGGACAGAAUGAAGCUGCUAUAAAUCUUUCGAAGAAGAUUGCAGGUUCUUCGGAGGCGAAACACAAAACUCAUGUUCCUUCACUUCUGUUUGGAGCUAAGUUGUGCUCUCAAAAUCCAGAACAUGCUCUUGAAGGGAUUGAAUUGGUCCGUAAAGUGAUAAAAUUGGCCAAUCAUGAGAACGAACACUUCAAGUAUCUAGCAUAUAGAUUUCUUGGUGUUUGCUAUGGUAAUGCAGCAAGAACUUCAGUUUCAGAUUCUGAGAGAUUUUUUUACCAUGGAGAAGCCAUAAGCUCUCUGAAUCUUGCCGCGGCUUCUCAUAGUGAAGAUCCUGAAGUUAGGUUUACUCUUGGCUUGGAAAAUGCUAUGCAAAGAAACAUUACUGCAGCUUUCGAUAAUGCAAUGAUAUAUUCUGAUAUGGUUGCUGGAAGCUCUGGAAAAGGUUGGAAACUCCUAGCUCUAGUAGUAUCUGCAGAACAAAGAUACAGUGAGGCUGAAACCAUUGCUGACCUUGCUUUCGAUGAGACUGAAAAAAUUGACCAGGUGGAACUUCUUAGAUUGAAAGCAGUACUUCAAAUCGCUCAAGAACAACCCAAGCAAGCAAUUGAAACCUAUAGAAUUUUGCUGUCCCUGAUACGUGCACAAGGAGAGCCUCAACAGAAAGACUUGAAAUCUCAGGUUUCAUCAGAAAGAAAAUUAGAAACUGAAACAUGGCUAGAUCUAGCAAAGAUUUAUGCGGAUCUUGACUCAUGGCGCGAUGCUGAAAUUUGUAUAGGCAAAGCCAAGUCCAUUGAUUUUUACUUCCCAAGGUGUUGGCAUACAACAGGUGCUAUACUCGAAUCUCGAGCACUAUACAAGGAAGCACUUGUUGCCUUUUCCAUUUCACUGUCUAUAGAACCAGACUAUGUCCCGAGUAUUGUUUCAACAGCACAAGUGAUGAUGAGAUUGGGCAGUAAAACACUUCCAAUUGCAAGAAGUCUCCUAAUGAGUGCUUUAAGACUAGAACCUACUAACGACGAGGCAUGGCUUCAGCUGGGGUUGAUUUGUAAGAGAGAAGGCUCACUGCAGCAAGCAGCAGACUGUUUUCAGGCUGCACAUGAGCUGAAGCUCUCAGCGCCUGUUCAAAGCUUCGUGUGACCAGCAAUUUCCACUUAUCUCUACAAUAUAGGCGUUAGUUGAGCUUAGAUCGUGUCUUGUUAUCAUUCUUUUAGCUGCGCUGUAAAUUUUUGUGGAUUACAUAGCACUUGAAGUAUUCAGAGCCUACCGCAUCAUGUUGAUAAUCAUAGAGUUGUAAAUCGUUAUUGAGUUAAUUUAUGAACUACGAUUGUAGUUGCACUCUUGUAGC